AUUAAUAAAUUCCAGGAGAGGCAGAAAAUAGACCUAUGAAUGCUCGGCAGGAAAAAGUCCCUCCCACCCUCACCACUCUUUUUACCAAAGACUGAGAGAAAGGAAGAAGAAGAACAAAAAAAAAAAAAAAAAAAAAACACUGGAACUCCGCGAAAUUCGGUCGAUCCAUAUUUGACCUUCUCUCCCUCAAUCAAACUCCUUCCUUCUCGUUUAGAAUUAGAUUCAUUCAUUCUAUAAUCCAACCUCCCGAUCUCCCCACCUCCAUUUCGCCGGUGCUCUCAUCUCUGCACGGCCAACACACAACAAAACCCCCUUUCUUCCUUCUUCUUCUUCCGCCGCGCCGAGCACCGCCUUCCUGGAAAAUGGAGGAGGAGCUCUGCCUCUAAUCUCGCCAAUCACGAAUCCGGGAGAAGAAGGGGGGGAAUCCAAUACCCAAUUAAAAAAAAAAAAUUAUAAACCCCAAAAAUGAUCUUCGACAUCGACAGCAACGGCAGCACGCGGCGCGUGCUGACGGCGAGGGAGCCGUCGCUGGUCCUAAUCCGGCCGUCUUCUCCGACGAUAGCCCGGCGGGACACGUUCCUCCCGCCGCGGCACCGGCGGAGCUACUCCGCCUCCGAGGCGUCGUGCUGCAGCGGGAGGUUCGGGGAGCUGGCCGGGGGGACGACGGCGGAGUGCGCGGCGAUCGCCUGCUGCUGCCCCUGCGGCCUGGCGAACCUCCUCUUCCUCACCAUCUACAAGGUCCCCGUGGGGCUCUGCCGGAAGGCCCUGCGGCGGAAGCGGCGGCAGCACCUGAUGAAGAAGGGGCUCCUCCUCCCGCGCGCCCGCCGCUGCCAGUGCGGCUGCGACAACACCGAGGUCCAGAUCCACCCAAUCCACGGCGACCCGCAGUCGUUCGACCUGCAGAUGAUGAUGGGGAUGCACCUGGAGGACUUCGACGACGCCGACGACGGCGACGUCCUCAGGAAGCUCCGCUCCGGCGGCGGAGGCGGGGAGGAGAUGAUGAAGCUGGAGAAGGAGAUGUGGGAGACUUUCUACGAUACCGGGUUCUGGAGGAGCCCGUCGCAGCGGGAGGAGAACGGAAUCCCCUCUGUCGCCGCCGCCGCCGCCGCCGGUGGGUCCAAAGAAGCUUCAUCCAAGCAUAAAGAAUUGUAAAAAUCGGGGGGUGGGUUUUAAGUAGAAGAAAACGCCCCCCAUUGAAAAAUGGGAAAUUCGGGAGGAAUGGGUUGAAUCUAUCAAUCCAUUUUUGUUUUGCUUCUUCGUUCUGCUCUGUUUUUUUUUUUUAAUCAAACUCCUUGCUAAUGCUAAAAAUGGGUACUUCAUCUUAUUUGCUAAGUUUUUACCCGAUUGGAGGUUUCGUUUUUUCUGAAUUAUUCAACACCUGUAAUCGAAAGCCUGGUGUCAAGAAGGAAUCGGAGAAAACAACCCCCUAAUUGUUUUUAAAUUUUAUAAUUUGUUCAUGAAUUGAAUUUGGUCUUGGUGGUCGGCCAUAAAUGAAUCGGCUUUCUGCUGGUGUUCUUGUUGCGCUGUGUAUGUGUGAUGAGGAAAUGAACAAAUUAAGGCAGGCAAAACAGGGGAGAGGGAUGCUGAUUGUUGGGUGGAGGAAAGAAAGGUUUGAAAAGGUU